AUGGCGCAUGACGGCCGCGAAAGCGUCCCUCUCGCCGAAUAUCUCUUCUCCCGCCUCCGUCAAUUAGGCGUUGGUGCGAUUCACGGUGUUCCCGGCGACUACAAUCUCGAAUUGCUGGAUUAUGUCGAGCCUGCUGGCCUUUUGUGGGUCGGCAAUGCCAACGAACUCAAUGCCGCCUAUGCCACCGAUGGCUACGCCCGCAUCAAAGGCAUUGGUGCGCUCAUCACCACCUAUGGCGUCGGCGAACUCUCUGCCAUUAACGCUAUAGCGGGUGCGUUUGCAGAAAGAGCACCCGUCGUACAUAUUGUAGGGACACCGAGACGUGAUGCACAGGAUGGACGCAAGAUGAUCCAUCACACACUAGGAGAUGGCGACUACAGCCACUUUUCAAGAAUGUACGAGCACGUCACCGUGGCACAGGUGAACUUGCUGGAUCCAAGGACCGCUCCGAAACAGAUCGAUGCUGUCCUUGAGCAGUGUCUUCUCCAGAGCAGACCAGUAUACAUUCAAGUUCCAGUGGAUACGGUGGGUGUGCCAGUACUUGCGGACGGACUCAAAUCAGAAAUCCAGCUACAUCGAUUUUUGCCAACCCCAGCCCAUGAUGCCGCAGUCGCUGAAGUGAUGGACAGAAUUUACGGCGCAAAACACCCGGUCAUCCUGGUCGAUGGUGAGACUCGGCCACUUGGACUGAUGCAAGAUGUUCAAAAAUUGAUUGAAACAACCAGAUGGCCAACUUUUACCACAACCUUCGGUACUGGCCUUGUAGAUAUGUCAUCCCCAAAUAUCCUUGGGAUUUAUGAGGGCGCUUUUGCGGAUCCUGAAACGAAGGCUUUGAUCGAUGGCGCAGAUCUCGUCCUGUUCUUCGGCCCCCACGAGAGCUCGACCAAUAGCUACAGCUGGACAGCGCUACCUUCCCCAGCAGUCACUAUCUCAUUCACCUUUGGUGGCAUCAAAACUGGCAGCACCUUCCACCGCGAUGUUUCACCUUCAAGCCUCCUCUCACGGGUUCUGACUCAGCUAGACACCACCAAACUCUUGGAAAUUGACACAUCAACCGCCCAAAUCUCUCGCAAUACAAGCCUCUCCUUCUCUCAAGUAUCAUCAUCCGCCCCUAUAAAACAGGACAAAGUCUGGCGCCUGCUGUCCAAGUUCUUACGUGAAGGCGAUAUUCUUCUCGGAGAAACCGGCACCGCAGGCUAUGGCGUCCGUGAGAUGGUCCUCCCAAGAUACACUAGGCUGUUUGCACCAGUCACCUGGCUUUCGAUAGGCUACAUGCUACCCGCUGCACAGGGUGCAGCCCUCGCACAGCGAGAACUCAUUGCUUCAUCGCAAUACCAUGGCCUGAAGGCUGGUAGAACGAUAUUGUUAAUUGGAGAUGGAAGUUUCCAGAUGACGGUGCAGGAAUUGUCCACCAUCAUCGCACAUGACUUACCGGUGAUAAUUCUGUUGAUCAACAACGAUGGGUACACCAUUGAGCGUUGUAUCCACGGUCUCCGUCAAAAGUACAAUGAUAUUCCUAAGUGGAGGUAUUUGAACGCGCCCGCGUUCUUCGGUGCUGCUGAGGGCAAUGGUUUCACAGGCGCAGCAAGAACGUAUGGUGAACUGGAAAAGGUACUUGGGGAGGAAGGGUUGAAUAAUGGUAACUUGACGGGUUUGAAGAUGGUAGAAGUGUUUAUGGAUAGGGAGGACGCACCAAUUGGGCCGUUGACGGAUAUUCUUGAAAAGCAGAUGGCUCGAAGUAAAUGA